AUGAACAAUCACAAUAAAAGGGAGAGGAUGAAGUUCCAGGAAAAUUUCGUACGGAGCUGGAAGCAAAUGUAUCGGGGGUUCCUAAUGCUUGUAAUCGCGAUGUUCUUGUUCAUCGUCCUGUACACAAUGUACAAUGACCACUCAGCCUCCCCACUUCAAUGUGCCCACCCCGGGCCUCCCUCCCACUCCGGGACCCCUGCUGCCUGCUCCCCUCGCUGGGACCUCCUCUUCCUCAAGACCCACAAGACGGGAAGCAGCACCAUCCUCAACGUCCUGCUGCGCUUCGCCGAGCGCCGGGGCCUGAGCGUGGCCCUGCCGGCCGGCGGGCGCCAUGACUUCGCCUACCCGAACCCCUUCUCCCGCCGCGCUGUGGCUGGCUUCACCCCAGACUCCUGCUUCAACCUGGUAGCCAGCCACAUGCGCUUCGAGCCGGGUGAGGUUAGCCGCCUCCAGCCCCCCGAGCGUGCCUACUUCACCAUCCUACGCCACCCCGCCCGCCUCUUUGAGUCCAGCUUCCGUUACUUUGGCCCCAGUGUCCCCCUCACCUGGGUCAUCCCAGGGCCCAAUAAGAUGGCCACCUUCCUCCACCACCCUUGGACCUACUACAGGCCCAAUGCCUACAACGCCCACUACCUGCGCAACCUCCAGUUCUUCGACCUGGGCUACAACAAGGACAUGGAUCCCAACCACUCGGCCCUUCCCGGCAUUUUCCGGGCUCUGGAGGACCGCUUCCCGCUCGUGAUGUUGACCGAGUACUUCGACGAGUCCAUGGUGCUGUUGAAGGAGCUCCUGUGCUGGGAGCUGGACGAUGUGGUCUACUUCCGCCUCAACGCGCGCGAUCCCGAUGACAGGCCUCCCCUGGACCCUGCCCUGGAGGGACUGGCCCUGUCCUGGAAUGAGCUGGACUCCCUCCUCUACGCUCACUUCAACCGCACCUUCUGGCGCAAGGUGGAGGCAUUCGGUCGCAGGCGCAUGGCGUGGGAGGUCGCGCAGCUGCGCUGGGCCAACAGCAAGAUGGCCAAGGCCUGCCUGGAAGGGAGGGGGCCAGUGAGGGCCGGGCUGGUGAGAGAGGCCUCGCUCAAGCCUUGGCAACCGGCUGGAGGCAGGGGCAACAUCCUGGGUUACAACCUCCGGCCCGACAUUGAGGAGGCCCACCGCGACCUCUGCGUUGCCAUGCUGACUCCUGAGAUGCAGUACCUGUCCAGGAUGGGUGCCAGCCUGUGGCGGGUCAAGGCCUGGUCCGCCCUGCGUGGGAUCCUGGGAUUGUAG